CCUAUUUCAUGAGUCUAGUUAUACUCAAAUAUCCAACAUAAUUACAGGUUUUCCAAGUCACGGUGCUCCUCUUUUUUCCAAAAUCUUCAUGCUCUUGUGAUUCUCCAGGAAUUUUCCAGAGUACAAUAUAUUCAGCGGCAUGUACAAUGAAUUGGAGAACCCACGUUGUACGCGUAAUAUCACAUAGCAUGUCCGGAGGCCAGGAGUCCAAUAUGGCAACCAGCAGGGUAGCACCUUAUUUGUAUGAUGCACUGUUAUAUUCUACUCGUUCUAAUAUUAAACAUCAUUUCCUUCUAGAGCCUCAUCGCAUUCCGCUGUUGCACAUUGUUCAAAAACCUGUUGCUCAAAACUUCAACAUUUGUUGGAAUGGGUGAUCAUUUGAAAUGGCUGAAGUGCAUUCCAACAAUAGCUGCAAAAUGCAAGUUGUUCUGGCAAAGCGAAUCUCCACACAAAGGUUGCACUUGGUUGCAGCUGUCAUCAUCCGUAGAUAGCAUGUGUUGCCAGCGUAUUUUCAUUAUGAACUUCGUCGCAAGGCUAACCUCGUGCAUUUGCAAGUAAAAUAGCUUUCGUCUUCCAUUUCAGAACUUUACUCA